AUGUUGGCCACUCGACAGGUCCUGGGCAAUGUCGCCCGCUCGCGGGUCAUGCCAGCCAUGAACCUGCGAAGGUGCAUGGCCACUGUGACAGACUCCCCUCUAGACAAGAAGGUCAAACAAAACAACUGGGAAGAGGGCAACUUUAUCAACUACAAGAAGAUGUCUGAGAACCUGGCGAUUGUACGCAGCCGCCUAAACCGACCCUUGACCUAUGCCGAGAAGAUCUUAUACUCCCACCUUGACGACCCCCAUGGCCAAGACAUCCAGCGGGGUGUCUCAUACCUUAGGUUGCGACCAGAUCGUGUUGCUUGCCAGGAUGCCACUGCUCAGAUGGCUAUCCUCCAGUUUAUGUCCGCCGGCAUGCCUUCCGUUGCUAACCCAACUACCGUCCACUGUGACCAUCUGAUUGAAGCACAAAUCGGUGGCGUUAAGGAUCUUGAACGAGCCAUCAACAUCAACAAGGAGGUGUAUGACUUCCUUUCCUCAGCAUGCGCCAAGUACAACAUUGGUUUCUGGAGACCUGGCUCUGGUAUUAUCCACCAGAUUCUUCUCGAGAACUACGCUUUCCCCGGUGGUCUACUGAUCGGCACUGAUUCGCAUACCCCCAACGCUGGUGGCCUGGGUAUGUGCGCUAUUGGUGUUGGUGGAGCUGAUGCCGUGGAUGUUAUGGCCAACCUGCCCUGGGAGUUGAAGGCGCCAAAGGUCAUCGGUGUCAAGCUGACCGGUGAAAUGAGCGGGUGGACCUCGCCCAAAGAUAUUAUUCUCAAGGUUGCCGGUAUUCUUACUGUCAAGGGUGGUACUGGUGCUAUUGUUGAGUACCACGGACCUGGUGUCGAGACUCUUAGUGCAACUGGAGCUGGUACAAUCUGCAACAUGGGUGCCGAGAUUGGAGCUACUACAUCUCUAUUCCCCUUCAACGAACGCCAAUACGAUUACCUGAAGGCCACUAAGCGCUCGCAAAUUGGUGACUUUGCUCGCUCAUACGCCAAGGAAUUGCGUGAGGAUGAGGGCGCCGAGUACGACCAGCUUAUCGAAAUCAACCUUUCCGAGCUCGAGCCGCACAUCAACGGUCCCUUCACCCCCGAUUUGGCCACCCCCAUCUCCAAGUUCAGCGAGGCUGUCAAGGCCAACAACUGGCCUGAAGACCUCAAGGUCGGCUUGAUUGGAUCCUGCACAAACAGCUCCUACGAAGACAUGUCUCGAGCUGCUUCAAUUGCUCGGGAUGCUAUGGACCACGGACUGAAAGCCAAGGCGGCGUUCGUGGUGACUCCAGGAAGUGAGCAAGUAAGAGCAACAAUCGCACGCGACGGUCAGCUUCAAACUUUCGAGGAAUUUGGCGGUAUCGUCCUUGCCAAUGCCUGCGGUCCCUGCAUCGGCCAAUGGGAUCGACGAGACGUCAAGAAGGGCGAGGCCAACUCGAUCAUCUCGUCCUACAACCGUAACUUCACUGGUCGAAACGACGGCAACCCUGCCACCCACUCCUUUGUUACUUCCCCCGAUCUAGUCGUCGCUUUGUCCAUUGCUGGCACUCUUCACUUCAACCCCUUGGCCGACAAGCUAAAGGAUAAGGAUGGUAACGAAUUCCUGCUGACGCCUCCUACCGGUGAUGCUCUCCCAGCCAGGGGAUACGACCCUGGUAACAACACCUACCAGGCCCCUCCUUCCGAUCGCUCGACCGUCUCUGUCCAAGUUGCACCCACAUCGGACCGUCUCCAGGUCCUACAACCCUUCCAGCCUUGGGAUGGCAAGGAUGCCCUAGAUAUGCCUAUUCUAAUCAAGGCCAAGGGCAAGACCACGACAGACCACAUCUCCAUGGCCGGCCCGUGGCUCAAGUACCGUGGACAUCUGGACAACAUCUCGAACAACAUGCUGAUCGGUGCCAUCAACGAGGCCAAUGGCGAGGCGAACAAGAUCAAGAACUCGACCACUGGGGAAUGGGGCGCGGUUCCGGCUGUAGCUCGCGACUACAAGGCUAAGGGUAUUAAGUGGGUUGUUAUCGGUGACUGGAACUACGGUGAGGGUAGCUCGCGAGAGCACGCCGCUCUAGAGCCCCGCCAUCUUGGUGGACUUGCUAUCAUCACACGAAGCUUUGCCCGUAUUCACGAGACCAACUUGAAGAAGCAGGGUAUGCUUCCUCUUACCUUCGCGGACCCUGCCGACUACGACAAGAUCAAGCCAGAUGACAGAAUUGACCUGCUCUGCACGGAACUUGCUGUUGGCAAGCCCAUGACGAUGAGGGUACACCCCAAGGAUGGCAAGCCAUUUGACGUCCAGUUGAACCAGACGUUUAACGAGGCACAGAUCGAGUGGUUCAAGAACGGUAGCGCGUUGAACACGAUGGCCAAGAAGGGGAAAUGAAAAGGUUUAGGACCUAAAUUGGUAAAAAGAAAUCAGCAAUAAAUAGGGGACGUGCAUGCCGGCGUAUUGUGGGGAGGCAUGCUAGAAUUACUACAAGCUCAUGGAGUGUAUAGGGAGGGUUUGGGUGUACGGAUGUCAUGUUGCGUGGGAUCAUUAUAUUUCCAAAACCCCGCCGUGACGUUUUACCUUUGAUAUUUCCAGAACAUUUUCUACGUCUGUACAAAAUGAAGUCGUUAAAAGAUACCUAUUUAAAAAACACUUGUCUACCUAAUACCUCUUCUGUAUUCUGUGUCCUGUGUCCUGUGUCCUGUGUUUUGUUCAUGAAGGUUGAAAUGGUAAGGAAUCCAGGGGUAUUGAAUAUUUAUCCAUGGAUUGCUAGCAAGCUGCCCUAGUAAAGGUAAAAUAGCACGUAGCAUACCUGUUGGAACAGAUAAGGUGGUUCCGU